AAAGGAAGGGGGCAUUUGGUUAGGUAUAAAGUUGGGUUGGAAUUGGAGGGGGGGGGGGGGGGGGAUUUGAUAGUUUUGGGUGCCCUAAGGAUGCCAUCAUCAUCAUCAUCAUCAUCGAUGUUUCCUCAGGCAGGUUCAGUGACUGUAUGCGAAAUCAACCGACACCUAAUUACCGCCCCAAGUCUUUCAGAUGAUGAAGCCAAGGAAACUUACGGGAAAAUUCUUGGGACCGUCUUCAGUCCAAUUCCGUAUCAGUUAGAUCAUCCAAGUCCAGCAGCGGUCUGUUGGCACCAGAAAAAGGAUAUUUUGGCAUUUGUUUCUGCACGGAAUCAAGUAACCGUUGGUGAUUACGGGGAGGGGAAGGACCCCUGCAUUCUCAUCAAUGAUCUUCAAAGGGAGGUUAAACUUGUUCAAUGGAGGCCAAAUGCCGGCAAGACCCUCUCAGUAGCCUGCAAGGGUGGAAUAUGCAUUUGGACCGCCUCCUAUCCUGGCAAUACUGCAUGUCUUAGACCUGGGCUUACCUCUAGAGGUACUUCUGAUGUUAGAUGGACUCUUGUCGAUUUUCUUCGCAGCCAUGACAAUGAACAAAUUACCGCACUCUCCUGGAGUCCAGAUGGAAGAUAUGUAGCAUCCGCCUCAUAUGAGAGCUCAUCGUUCACAAUAUGGGAUGUUGCUCAAGGGGUGGGUACCCCCAUUCGGCGAGGAUUAGGGAGCAUAUCACUGCUCAAGUGGUCUCCUACUGGUGACUAUUUUUUUGCUGCAAAGUUUGAUGGAACUUUCUAUCUGUGGGAGACAAACACAUGGACAUCAGAACCGUGGUCCUCAACAAGUGGCUGUGUCACGGGAGCCGCAUGGGAUCCUGAUGGCCGUAUGAUUCUUGUCGCCUUCUCUGAAUCAUUAACAUUAGGUUCUAUUCACUUUGCUACAAAGCCUCCAUCUCUUGAUGCACAUCUGUUACCUGUUGAAUUACCGGAGCUUAACUCUUUGACCAACAGUGGAGGUAUUGAUAAGAUGGCAUGGGAUGCUUCAGGAGAGCGUUUGGCUGUGUCUUAUAAAGAUGGAAAUGAGCUGUACAACGGUCUGAUCGCCAUUUAUGAUGUUAAAAGGGCUACACUCAUUACUCCAUCAUUCAUUGGCUUCAUCAGAGGGCCGGGAGAUGACAUAAAGCCUUUGACAUUUUCAUUCCAUGACAAGUACAAACAGGGCCCACUCUUAUCUGUUUGUUGGAGCAGUGGAAUUUGCAUCACGUACCCUCUUGUGAUUCGUUCACAUUUAUCGGCUUAGCUCAUGCAUUUUGUUCACUUUUAUCAGCAAUCGAUGUACUAAUGCGUGGCUUGAUUUGGAUUCGGUUUUUAUUUUUUUUUUUCAAACUGAUGGAAUCCAUGAAUUAUUCUAAAGGAAAACAACUAAAAUGAAAUGAAAAGCCUUUCCAACGGAUA